AUGGCGCCCAUCUGUCACCUUCCAGUGCUGCUUCUAUGGAGCCUUUCCAUUGCCAUUGCAGUAGCAACAAGGACACCGUUGCAUGCUAACGGAGAGAGAGAUUUGUUGACUACUCUAGAAGAAACAGACCAGAACAGACAUGAGUUUCUCCGCAGGCUAGAAGAAGGUGACAGGCACCGAGUUCGUGGCUCUUUUGGAGCUCGCUGUGAUGAUGACGAGCAGAAUCCCUGCUUUCCAAACCUGGAUUGCACCAAUCUGGGAAUUCCUCUGGGCAAACGCUGUGCACCAGUGAGCUGUGUUGCAAAGGAAAUGGAGCUCUUUCAACAGAAUUAUGAUAUGGAAGCAUAUCAUGCCACCAUCUUUGCAGAAGCAGGGAUCAACGAAACAGAGAUCCUGGAGGAAUCAAAAUUGGGUUUGCAAGAAGAAGAAAGGUCUUCAAUACUGUCCAUUCGGGAAAGGUUUCAAACAUUUGUUGCUGCUGCCAACCAGACUGCCUUGAUGCAAUCUAUGCAAAGCCAUCCAGAGCCAAUGCUGGCCAUGCAAGGAAUCAUACAAAAGUGCACCACCACACCGAUGAGUAGGCAAAACACAACAGCCAAGCAGGGUGAUGCUAUUUCAUACUUUGGCGUUCAUUUUGAAGCUGGCGUGGCCUUGGAUGCUUCCUACACUCAAAUGGCUGAGUCUGAUUUUAGUGGCCCUGAUGAGAAACAGUCUGAUGAGAAACAGGAUCCUGGCCAAUGGGGACGCAUCUGUCUUGGUGGGCUUCAUUUAGGUGCAAAUUUUGCAAUCAUUUGGGGAGGUCUCUAUACCUCUGAUGCAGCUGCUGUUCCCUGUGUUUAUUGGAUGGCAGAGAUUGAUAUCCCUGUUUUAUGGGCCCCUUUCUCUUUCUCAAUAGGCAUUGGGGCCAAUGGUGUGAGUUUCCUUGAAAUUGGACCCUUUUAUGGUUUGCUCGGGGUUGGCCUCAGUAUCGGCCUUGGAGGCUCCAUGUGUGGCAUCUUUCCUGUCUGA